UGGAGCACAUCCGCGCCGCACAUCAAGAAAACCCUAGCCCCCCUCCGCUCUUCUUCCACCCCUGCCUCGCGCCGGCUUGCAAGAGCGCACGCAUCCUCCUGCCUGCGCGCACGCCGCCGCCGCCGCCGUCGAGCAUCCAGCACCGAGUAGCCAUGGCGAAUCCAGCGGCGCCGGGAGGAAUGAGGUCGUUCCUGCAGGCCGUGUCGACGGUCACCGAGGAGGCGCCGACGCCGCUCCGCAUCGUCCAGAUGGAAGGCCUGGCCGUCCUGAAGAUCAUUAAGCACUGUGAGGAGUUUGCGCCUGCUCUGGUUACAGGUCAACUGCUUGGUUUGGACGUUGGAAGUGUUCUGGAAGUGACCAACUGUUUUCCUUUCCCUAUCAGAGAAGAUGACGACGAAGCAGAUGCAGAUGGCGCGAAUUACCAGCUUGAGAUGAUGAGAUGCUUGAGGGAAGUUAAUGUUGACAACAACACUAUUGGAUGGUAUCAAUCCUGCUUGCUUGGAUCUUUUCAAACUGUGGAACUGAUUGAAACAUUUAUGAACUAUCAGGAGAAUAUCAGGAGAUGCGUGUGCAUCGUUUAUGACCCAUCUAGGUCAAGGCAAGGAGUUCUAGCUCUCAAAGCCCUGAAACUCACUGACUCAUUUAUGGAUCUUUACCGGAACAAUGGUUUAACUGGAGAGAAGUUAAGAGAAAAGAAAUUGUCAUGGGUUGAUAUUUUUGAAGAGAUACCGAUUAAAGUUUCCAACUCAGCGCUUGUCAGUGCCUUCAUGAAGGAGCUGGAGCCUGAGUCACCUGUUUCACAGUGUGACUUUGACAGACUUAAAUUGUCAACUGCUCCAUUUAUGGAAAGGAACCUGGAAUUUCUGAUUGGGUGCAUGGAUGAUCUUUCAUCAGAUCAGAACAAGUUCCAAUAUUAUUACCGCAAUCUCUCAAGACAACAGUCACAGCAGCAGGCAUGGCUUCAAAAGAGAAGGCAAGAGAACAUGGCGAGAAAAGCUGCUGGCGAGGAGCCAUUGCCAGAAGAAGAUCCGUCCAAUCCUAUCUUUAAGCCAAUUCCUGAGCCAUCACGAUUGGAGGGUUAUCUUGUAACCAAUCAGAUCUCCAGUUACUGCAACCAUAUUAAUGGGGUUGCUGGUCAGAAUUUCGACAGGCUAUACUUGAUGAAGGCGUUUCAUGAGGAUUAGAUGAUUGGGUUAAGAGUGGAAGCUGUUGUUAGUUAACACUGUUUUAAAGUCUCAAUUUUGCGAUGUACCUUGUAUGAGUGUGCCGAUCGGCUACUUUUGCAUUCUUCUAAGAACACCAGAUAGUUACAUUGCAGUGGAAUGUGCACCAUAACAUUAUACCAUUUGUAUCCGCACUGAUUUUAUAUUGCUAGUUCGUAUUAUUGCA